UAAAAUAUGUGAAUUUUUAAUCAUUUUAAAAAAAACAUAUGCGAAAAUAGCGCAUGGCACAAAUUAUUUAAUUGUAUCUUCUAAUCCACACUUUUAAUUCUUUAAAAAAAGAAGUAUAUAUAACAUUGAAUAAAAUAAAAAUGAAAUUAACCCAUUACUCCACUGCUCCCGAUAAAACCAAACUUAAACAGGUUGUUAUUCCAACAUUCUAUCACUUAUCCGUCCCUACCCCUCCCGCUACGUUCCAAUUAAAUAGUAAUAAUGGUCUACUAUCCAGAUCGAAUGGGAACCAAAUUAUGGCCCCUAGAAGAUUCGAUCACAGUAUUAUCAGGCCUAUCAAUUAUCAUGGCCACCCCCCUUAUUCAACCAGAGAUAACACUAAAAUUUAUACUGUUCCAACUGAUGUGAUUCCACUAUCUAUUCAUACUAUGACCAACCGCCUGGUUAACAACAACAUGACGACGUCUAUUGCAUCAACAACUACCCCGGCGAGCCAAAUUCUUAACAACCCAACACUGUCAAGCAUUCGAAACGCUAAUAAUAGCAUAUUUAGUCCCGGCGGAUUAUUUAGAGGAUCAGCUCCUACCUAUUAUUCUCCGGCUAAGUUAGAGCGGAGGUGGUACGAUAGUUAUAGGCGAGCCAUGUCAUCUACUCAGGAUUUAAGGAAAGGUUGGAUCGACAAAAGAAAACUAUCGAUAUCAAAUUGGACGAUUCUCUUGGUAGGAUUUGGAUUCAUGAAUUUCAUAUUGGCCAUAACCUUUGGAAUGUUUGGCGAGUUACGCGAUAAUACCAACAAUAUAAACGUUCAUCAUAAAAUAGCCAUCACUUUUGCCUCUACCGGAACCUUACAAAUGAUAUUAGGUAUAUUCCUAUUUUUGCGAUACAUACCUAAAACAUCAUGCUUUUGCUUCGAAUACCUCCUCAAAAAAUUGUGCUUCUCUUCUAACUCGGGUCGUUUUGAAUUCAAUUCCAACCAUCGUAACACACAUCCAGUUCAAAGAAACAAUUUUCAUCCUUCAUCUCCGCCUCCUUCAUAUUCAACUGUUAUGAGGCAAAACCAUUUGUACCCAGAUAGAAAACUCUUACCUUAUUUAAACAAUUCACCUGCUUACCUUAUUCCACCAAACUAAUAGGUUAUUCGUUGUUAUUCAUUCCUUUAUAUAAUGAAUUAUAAUUUAUUAGCUGACAUUAUAUUCAAAUUUAAUGUUAUGUAAACUUAUGAAAUGAGAUUUAUAAAUAUUAGUAAUUAGGUUAGGAAUUCAAUAUUUAUGCUAUUAUACUAUACAUAUAUAUAUUUAAUUUUAAUAUAUAAAAAAUGCUGCAAUAUUUGAAAC